AUGGCCUCUGUCUCUGAGCUCGCCUGCAUCCACUCGGCUCUCAUUCUGCAUGAAGAUGAGGUGACCGUCACGGAGGAUAAGUUCAAUGCCCUCAUCAAAGCCUUGGCCAAUGUCAAAAUUGGGAGCCUCAACUGCAAUGUAGGGGCUGGUGGACCUGCUCCAGCAGCUGGUCCUGCACCAGCAGGAGGUCCUACCCCUUCCACUGCUGCUGCUCCAGUUGAGGAGAAGAAAGUAGAAGCAAAGAAAGAAGAAUCUGAGGAGUCUGAUGAUGACAUGGGCUUUGGUCUUUUUGAAUAAACCUCUUUUGUAACAUUCAAUAAAAAGGUGAACACUAGAACCCUAAAAAA